AUCAUAUCCACUUUGCUCCCAUUGGUUGACUUAUCACCAUUUGCACACUAAACACAAUAACUAUGUGAAACUACACCCCGAAUAUUUUCUCUCAUGAACCUACUUUCAUUACUUGCAUUACUCAUUCAUUUCUCAUCUCAUUUUUAUGGCCAUUGUAUCACCAAUAACAUUCAUCUUGGUUCGGAAACUACCCUUGAUGUACCCAUGUUGUACAUUACAGGACUUGUCGAAAAAGCAUUUAUUCUCGAGACCAGUCAGCCUACACCUAACUUUCAGGCAGGGCUUAUUGUUGAAGCAACUGAAGACAAGUAUGUUUGUUCGUUUGUACUUUUUCUUGGGAACAUUAAGGUUUGGAGUUCAUCUCAUUUAUCACGGUUUUUCACCUCUGGGAAAUGUAUGCUCACUCUCAAUAGGGAUGGUGACCUACAAUUAACAGGCCAAAAGGGUGAGAUAGGAUGGCGAACCGCAACCUAUGGGCAAGGUAUAGAGAGGCUGCAAUUAUCAAACACCGGGAAUCUUGUUCUUUUGGACGAAUUUAACACGAUCAAAUGGCAAAGCUUUCAUUUCCCCACAGAUGUAAUGCUUUGGGGACAAACAUUAGACGUUGGAACAAAGCUAACUUCCUUCCCUACGAAUUCAAAUUCAUUUUAUUCAUUCGAAAUUCAUCGUGAAAAACUUGCACUUUACCUAAACUCAGGCAACUUCAAGUACUCAUAUUGGGAAUUCAACCCUACAAAACCCCAAAAAAUCUCGUUCAUUCGUUUGGCAUUAAAUGGGUUACAGUUAUUCAACGAUGACAACCACAAGAUCGCUCAAAUCCCCUCAAAAAGACUCCAACGUUUAAGGUUUUUAGCCAUUGAGAACACAACUGGAAACAUAGGGUUCUACUACUACUCAACCACCACAACAAAAUUCGAAGCUUCAUUCCAAUCCCUAAGAAACAAAUGUGAUCAACCGAAUCUUUGCAAAGCCAAUGACAUUUGUACCCUUUCAAAGGAAUGUUCAAGGUUGGAAAUCGAGGGGUUUUCGGGUAACUUUUGUGGGAAUAGAAGGGUUGAUAUGCAAGAGAUACGUAGCGCAAUAAGCAUCCUGAGAGAUGAAAACAAGAAGAUGGUUAACAUGACGAGGGAGACGUGUGCAGGUUCUUGCAUGGAUGAUUGUACAUGUGUUGGUGCAUUGUUUACAAGUGGGAAUAACGAGUGUUAUUUAUAUGAAGAAGUUAGGGGUGUGAAGGAGGUUGGUGAUAAUGAAAAAGUGAGUACUUUCAUGGUGAAGGUUUUGAAGAAAGGCAGUAAUGGACUGAAGAGAUGGGCAUUGAUUUUGAUUGUUGUUAGUGAUGGAUUGAUCCUUUUUAUAUGUUUGGGAGGAUUGUGUUUUUAUAUAUUACGAAAAAGAAGAUAAAAUGAAACAAACUUAAUUGUAUCUUUUAAAGCUUGUGAAAAUAAUUUAAAUGUAGUUUUGAUCUGAACAUGA